AUGGAACUGCCGCCUAUCUCGACGACAUUAUUGGUUACUGGUAGAACCAUCGGCGAACACAAUUUCCGACUAGAGGCCGUACUCAAGCGGAUUCAAGGCUACGGACUCCGCGUUCAACUCGACAAAUGUGCUUUCCUGCAGACGGGGAUCACCUACCUUGGGUUCGUCAUCAACGCACAAGGACGACGCUCCGAUCCUGAAAAGAUCAAAGCUAUUCAGAAAAUGCCCGCUCCGAAGGACGUCAGUCAACUUCGCUCUUCUCUUGGACUCAUCAAUUUCUACUUUCGUCAAGGAUCUCCACAAUCUAUGUGCUUCUUUGGACACUCUUACGAAAAAGGAUGUUGUCUACACAUGGACACCGCUCUUUCACGCCUUGUCUCGUCACAAUCAUCGAUACCGGGGGACUACGUGAUUGUCUCAAUAGAUGCUGAUGUCACUUCGACUUCACACUUCGCUUUGUCACGUGUUCGACUUCAAUAA